UGUAUCUAUUUUAAAUAUUUCUUUUAGCAAACUGUUAUACACUCAAAGUUGGAAUUUUUGGGGGAAGUGCAGGGAACGCUGAUCCACAACCAAGGUGUCAUAAGUGAGCAGGUUGAAAAACUCAGUCACGAUGUAAGAAAUAAUUAUAAAAAUUUAAAACUUAUAUAUAAACAUGUACCUUAUUUUUUUUGAACAGUACGUUGAUAAAUCUGAAACCCUUGCCCAAAACACUUUGCUCCGCGAAUGCAAGGUCGCGAUAAAAAAAGUAGAGCGAUCAGUCUGCCUAAUGACUGGGGAGUUAAGAGACGACGCCCUUGACGAAGUGGCCAGAAUGCUCCCAAUCAACACCCUUGAAUCGGUAUUGGAGGUUGAGGAAAAACUAAAGGAACCUCACUUCGCGCAAGCAAUGACAACAUAUUGUCAUAAGCUGAAGGGCACAUCUGAGGAGGUCGAUGGAGUCCUUCGGAAUUUGUUUACAGAUACUCUCCUGGAGUCCUUCAAUUGGGAUGGAAGGGGAGAAAGGCAAGCGUUAGCGAAACUGGAUGUUAUAGAAAAAGUAUUGAGAGGUAAAUAAAUUGCAAACAAAA